UACGUGGUGCGAGCUGAAAAAAUUUGUUUUAGACGAUCUAAAGCUGACAGGUCGUUGGACUUCACCUGGCGGCGAAGUCAAACUAUUCACGAGUGAUAAUUUAAGUAUAAAAUGGCAUGGGAAGUCUACUAAAUGGAUAACGGUGAUUGGAGAUCCUAGUGACACAUUAGACCUUACUAAUGUGUUGACGUCUAUAUCAGGAAAAGCUGCCGAUUGUCAGGAUGAAACCCCUGAAAAUUGUGAACUAAUCGACGCUGAUGAAGGCAAGCACAAUGGCUGUUCUAGUCCAGGUGAGCAAGCCAACGCUGAUAAAGACAUCCACAUUGGCUGUACUAGUCUGGGAGAACAAGUUGCAGGUAUGAGCGAAGCAAUUGAUUAAACUGCACCCUUGCCUACAAAUACGACUAAUAGGACCUUUCUACGUAGAAAGAGACAUUGUCUAAAGGGAUCUAAAUGUGAUUUGUCCCACUCUGCUGAUUCCCACCGACCUCUGCAGGUUGGCCCAAGUGGUUUUACAUCCUGUUUUCGAGUUCCAAGUCCAUACCCCGGGCCCACUAUAUUAAUUCCCAGCGACCUCUGCAGUCUGACCCGAGAGGUUUUCCAUCCCCUUUUCGGGAACCAAGUCCAUAUCCCGGCCCUUUGCUUCCACCUGCGAUAUCUCACCCACUUAUGAACCAUUUGCAGCCUUUCAUACAAUCCUUACCGACCUUGCAACCCCUAAUGGAUAUGCCCACAAGAACAAUCAGAUAUUGAUUAAGGAUUAUACCCGGAAGACCCAAAAUAUUAAGAACCUGAUCUCAAUUCCCCUUGUUACUAAUAGGAUCCCCCAAAAUCCUAUGAUAUCCCGACUAUAUUGUCCACUGAUGUUAGAUCAUUACCAAAGAAAAUUGAUGAGCUCCAGCAAAUUGCAGAGCUAAACUCUGCAAGUAUUAUUUGCAUUACUGAAUCGUGGCAAUCACCUGACAUUCCUGAUCAUUGCGUAUCUAUCCCUGGAUUCAACUUAUUUCGUAGGGAUCGCAUAGGAUCUUCUGGUGGUGGGGUCUGUGUAUAUUUGGAUCAUAAAAUACCUUGUAACCGUUUGGAUUCAUGUGACCAAUCUGAUGUAGAAUCAAUUUGGAUUUCAUUACGACCACAUAAACUCCCAAGAGAAAUUACAUCCAUUAUUCUAGGAGUAAUAUAUCAUUCAACAUCCAAUAAAGAACCUAAGAAUGUUGUCCUUAGAGACCAUGUGCAGAAUAACCUUGACUCAUUACUCUUUAAGGAACCUAACACUCUUGUUUUACUUACAGGUGACUUUAAUCCCACGUCUACAGGUUUUAAAAUGAAAUAUAUCACACAGGUGAACCAUCUUAAACAACUUAUAUCUUUUAAAACCAGAGAUUCUGCCGUAUUGGAUUGGCUGUUAACAAAUAGACCUAAGAUGUUUGAAGUAUCUAGAUUGCCAAAGAUUGGUUCGUCUGACCACUAUACGAUCUUAGCAAAACCAAAUAUAGCAAUAUCAUCUAAACGGACUAUUACCAAAAUUAGAAUCCGAGACAUGCGGAACUCUGCGUGGUGUGCCUUUGGAUGAUGGAUAACAAAAAAAAACUGGUCAUCGGUAUUAAGUGCGAGUACGAGCAAAGAUAAAUUUGACCUCUUUAUGUCAGAGCUUGACCAAGCAGUUAAUACCUUUCUCCCACAGAAAAUUAUUAAAAAGCAUCCGACAGAUCGACCGUGGAUUACUAAUACGAUAAAACUGUGGAUUUCUGGACGCCAAUGUGAGAGAGAUUAAAAAACUAUCAGGCCAAAAUAUCCGACAGGAAUGGUAUCAUCAGUUCCUUGAUAACAACACGGAUAUAGAAUCCCUAACUAAUAAAGUGAACGACUUCUUUGUUAGUCUUACAGAUCACUUCGCCCCUCUGAGCCAACCAACUCCACCUAUGCAAAUCCCGGAAGAAUUCUUGGUUACGGAAAGUGAGGUGUUUAAAGCAUUAGCAUCACUGCAAAUUAGUAAGGCGAUUGGCCCUGAUAAUAUCCCAAAUAGAAUCCUGAAAGAGUUUGCUCCUGAACUGGCUCCAGUCAUUCGUAAUAUUUACAACCAGUCAAUGAAAGAAGCGAAUAUCCUAUCACCACUUAAGUCAUCUAUCGUAAUUCCAGUUCCGAAGAUAUCACCUCCUCAAACAAUUGAAAAUGAUCUCCGCCCAAUCUCGCUUACUUCUUCAAUGGCAAAAGUUAUGGAAGGCUUUACUUGCACUAGACUAUUAAAGGACUUGGAAGGAAAAAUCGACCCUCGCCAAUAUGCCCACAAAGGGCACUCAACAACAGAUGCCCUUCUCUACACGAUGCAAACAAUUCAUGAGGCAUUGGACGGGGGCGAAGCUGGUGCUUGUAUCUUCUUCGCAGACUUCUCAAAAGGUUUUGACCUAAUUGACCACUCUAUUUUAAUACAAGAACUGUAUAAUUUAAGCUCCAGGUUCACCCUGCCUUGCUGUCCUGGAUCUCAGCCUUUUUAUUCAAUCGUAGGCAGGCGGUUAGAAUUGGUAGUGUCCUUUCUCAAUGGCAAACUCUGAAGGGAGGAAUACCCCAAGGGACUAAACUCGGAGUGGUACUUUUUAUGGUCAUGACAAAUACCUUACUGGCUAAUUGGCAUCUCUGUACAAAAUUCGUGGAUGAUACUUCAGCCCUCGAGAUUAUUCCUAGGAACUCUAUCAGCCUCCUUAAUUUUGCAGUCUCUGAUAUACAUGAAUUUGCUAAUGAACAUAACAUGAAGCUCAAUCCUAAGAAGUGUAAGGAAAUGCUUAUAAACUUCCUACAUAACCCCAAUUUCUUACUCCGACCAAUCCAAAUUGGUAACAAUAUUAUUGAGUGUGUGACAACGUAUAAAUCUUUGGGUGUCAUUUUGAGUAGCGACCUAAAAUGGAAUCCCCAUAUCGAAUACAUUGUUAAGAAGGCUAACAAAAAACAAUACCCUUUAAGAGUCCUGCGAAGAGCUGGGGUUGACCAAAAGAAUUUACUGAAAGUGUACCUGUGCACAGUAAGACCGGUACUUGAGUAUGCCAUCCCUAUUUGGCAAAACAUUCCAGAUUAUCUAUCGAAGGAAAUUGAGUCGGUCCAAAAACGAGCACUAAAGAUAAUUUUCUCGGAGAGCGAGUCAUAUGCGGAGGCCCUGAAUUUUGCACAACUACCAACUUUAACCACAAGAAAAGUGCAAAUAUGUCAGAAAUACAUGGUCAGAAUGAGGCGAGAAAACCAUCCUCUAUUGCCAAUCCCUGGUGUUCCUGACCAUGACAUUAAUUUGAGACAGAACACUGAUCGAUUUUAUCUAUUUAAUAAUGUUAUUGAUUGCAGAACAAUUAAAGCUCAAUCCUUUUUUACAUUUAAAUACUCUUAAUAUGUUGUUCCUGACCAUGACAUUAAUUUGAGACAGAACACUGAUCGAUUUUAUCUAUUUAAUAAUGUUACUGAUUGUAGAACAAUUAAAGCUCAAUCCUUUUUUACAUUUAAAUACUCUUAAUAUGUUAAGAUUUUUUUUUAAUAUAUAUGAAAAUUGUAAAUAAUUAUGCAUGCACUAUUUACUAUUUUGCUAAAUGCCUAAUGAUUAUAACUCCUGUAAAUAGCCUAGAUUCUAAAGCAUAUCCAUGUACUAUUUUAUAGCAUAUUCUUAUCUAUUGUAAAGUACUCGUUAAUUCAGUUGUUUCUGUAACUGCAAGAGAGUCCUAAUAAACUAUUACUAUACUAAAUGGCCGUAUCUCCAUUAGUUCUGUCAACAUUAUCUUUUCGUCUUCCAUCUUCAACAUGUGUGUAGCAAGACUUGAAUGAUUCUUUGUAAACCAUAAGUUGUGUUGUGUUUCUUUGAAUGGCCCUAGUCAUUUUGUUACCACUGAAGUCAUGCAGGAUAAACUUGCACUUCAUAGGGUGUUCCAUUUUGAGAUCAUUUGCCACAUUAUAUGCUUUGUCACCUUUAGUAUUUAUUCAUUGUCUGUACAUAAUUCAUGCAGCCCAUCUCCAAGAAUUACAAUUUUUACCAUUUUAUUAAAAUAAAAUAAAAAUACAAAAGCAAAUAUUAAAAAAACCCACCCGGAUUUGGCAAAGCUUAUUCUGGGCGGGGGAUUAUACACACAACAAAAUCAUAUAAAGAAAUAUUUUGGCUGUAGAGAUAUAAUGGCCAUAUGCAUGUGUUUGUUUUGCUUUUUUUGAGUUGAUAAACAUUAUGUAUUACCAUUAACGUGUAAUAGAAUUAUUCCCUAGAAAUAUUUCAGGCUAUUUUCAAAUCAUAAUUUGUUAAUUAAAUUAAUAAACCGUCGAAGCUGUCUGCAUAAUAUAAGCAAGAUCAACAUAGUCAUCACAAGAAUUUAAGAUUUCUAGAGAUUCGCUUACAUUUCUUUUUAAAUGUUGAUUUACUCAAAUUACGAAUUGAUAGAGGUAAACAGUUCCAAAUUGUCAUGCCGAUUGUUGAUAGUGAUUUUGAAGUCUAGCUCUGGGUUGAUACAAAUUCUUACGAGCUGCCACUCUUGUGUUAUAACUGUGUACAUCACACACAUUCGCAAAUAAGGUAGUAUUAUGUAAGGGAUAUUUUCCAUUACAAUAUCAUGCAUAAAGCAUGCAGUAUUAUAAAAAUAAAGAAAACUCGUUGGCAAUAUUUUGAAAUCGUAAAAUGAAGGUAUUGCAUGAUCUCGAGAUAAUUAGCAAAAAGAUGUCAAUCUACCAUACAUAACUUUCUCAAAAAUUGUAUUAAAUAUUGGCAACAAAGAUAUUGGCCUGUAAUUAUCAGGAUCAGUUUCAUUGCCAGAUUUAAAUAUCAGGACAAUUUUGUCAAUUUUUAGCUUUGAUGGAAAUAUACCAUUCUGUAUGGACAUGUUAAUCAUAGUGGCAAGGGAAGAACUUAUAAUCGAUUUUGAAAGCUUUAAGAUAAAAAUUGGAUAAGAAUUUAUGCACCAGUCAAAGUAAACACCGACCCCCCCUCCCGGAUAUAGGUGGGGAUUGGCUUUGAAUACCGUACCAAAACAGACAAAUGCCCCACAAUAUGGUACAACAUUUUCCAGCAAAAAAUGCCCCACCCCGGGGGAAAUUGUAAGUCGUGUGAGCAAAUUUAUCUCCUGCAUAAUAUCUCCUCGACAAUCUCCGGGCCGCCACAUAAAUCAUUCACAUUUUAAAAUAUUAAUAGUUUGUUCCGAAACUCAAAAGAACAAUAAAAACAUAUUAAUAUAAACAAACAAAUGUUGAGCUUUCCACAACAAUAGAUUCCAUGGAUGGAUGGACAUAUUAACUGGUGUUAACAUAUACAUUGAAAAGAAAUUAAAUUAAUAAUAUAUUUAUAAAAUUCCUCUCGAUUUCACUUCCGUCACCACCUUGUGAGCAUGCCAUCUUGACCUUUGUCACAUGGUAUAAAAUGGUAGAACCAGCUGGGGAUUCCAUUGGACAAAACGGUACAAAAUGGCCGCAGACAAUCCCCUAAGAAUCCCCAUUAUCUUCCCGGCGUAAUUCUGCAGAAUAACAAAACCAACAAAUUCCUGACAUAGUUGGGACAGAAUUCGAUGACAAAAAGCCACUAAAUCCCCCACCAAGUCCCCUCUUUGUCCGGGGUGGGGGUCGGAGUUUACUUUGACUGGUACAUUAAUCCAUAAGUCUUAUUUCCUGGGAUUUGAUUUAUUUGAUUCUCAACCUCAAUGGAAGUCACAUCAUAAAAAAGAAACUUUCCCUAAUAGAGUUCUUUAGAUAAGAUGAAAAUGACUUAUCUGUUGAACUAAAUUUACUUGACAAAUUUUGACCAACAGUUGCAAAAUGCUUAUUUAAAACAUUGGUCAUCUCAGUGUGUUCAGAUGUUGUGGAACUGGAAUUGGGACUCUUGAUAAUAGUAACUGUCUUAGGCCACAUAAAAAAAAAUAGUUGGUUAGCGUCCUUAGCUUUUGCCAAAAAGUGGGCGGGCGGGCGUUUUUUUUAAAAUUUAUACUAAUUUUUAAUGCCUUGGUUUUAGGGUUUGAAACGUUUUUAUGGAUUUCAAAAUAUGAUUCAUACCGUCAUUUUCGCAGGCUUUAUAUUCUAGAACAAGGUUUUUAAAAUAAAAGACUGAUUUAUAAAAGAUUCACUGUAUAUUGGAAGUUAAUAUCUUGCAUAUUUAAAUUUAUUAUUAAACACAAAAUGGAAGAAUAUAUUUAAUAAGCUGAAACGUCAAACUUUAUAUCUGAUAUAUAAAACGGUUUAAUUAAUAAACGACAGUAAGACACAACCGCAACUCUAUUUUUUCUUCCCGUUUCACAAAAAACUGUUCGAUCUGAUUAAAAAUAUCCUUCCUAUAAAUUUGGCUAAAACCAACGAAACACAACAUUUUCCGAGAAAUAAAAUAUUUUGCUUUUUCAUAUACACGUAUACGAGAAAGCCACUUUCGGAAGGGCGCACUACAUGCGCAUGCAUUGUUUUAAACACGGUUGCGCAAGUCUAAAUGAUUAAUUGUGCGAGUGUCAAGAAUACAGAGGCAAUAGACCUUGCCGAUUAUUCUCUUUUACCCAAUGGCCUCGUUUCCAUGCUAACUUAUCUUAGCAUGUCAGGGGAAGAUAAAGAUUAUAUUCCCAUGUUUUCCUGGACGAAUUUGUUUCUUGCUGUUCUUAGGCUCAAUAACAAAGUAAUUUUCAACCUUACUAAGCACAAGACAUGAGUAAGUAUUUCACAUGAAAACGAGGGCAUUGGGUAAAAGAGAAUAUUAAAUCAGCAAGGUCUAUACACGGUUGUAAUCAUAUCAGUGUGUUCAACAGUCACUUUUGGUUUGAUUUUUUCCCCCUUCUAGCAAUUGCAUUUUUCUUCAGCUCAACACAGUCUUGGCACUGGGGAUAAUAACCUUCCUUCUCUAAAAGGUCGUCUUCAGCACCACAAUGUAUACAAAUUAGUUCAAAUCCUGCAGAGUAGUAUGUGAAUUCAAUAUCUGAACGACAGGAAAGAUUUGCUCGUACAUGGACAUUCUGGAUAACACUUGUAAUGUUGUUCUCAUCAUCUUCCUCGUCCUCAUCCUCGACACUUAAGUUACUUCCACAGCUAAACAGGAUUGUCUCCAACAAUACUUCAAGCUUGUCACGUUUCUUCGACAGCUUUUUCUGUGCAUGCAUGCAACGCCACUUUCCGCAGUCUUCGCACUGUAUAGCAGUUCCUAUGUUUUUGGCAGUCUGAGCUGUCGGGUUAAACGGACACUGGUGGCCUUUCUCCAAAGCAGCCUUAGCAGAUGCAGGGUUUUCAUUACUAGGCGGGUACCACCUGUUUGGCCUAAGACUGCCGGCUAUUUUUUUGUGUCUGGUAAAUUUUUCUGAGCCACGUAUAAAACUUUUAAUAAAAAAUAAUUUAAGUAUUGUCAGUCUAUCAAGCAUAUGUAUAAUUAUUUAAAAUGACAAGUUAGGUAUUAGUGUUUUCGUUUUCCAUAGUAAACUUAUAAAAUAGGUUCAUAACUCACGAGUUUAUGUCGUAUAAAUAUUUCACAUUGUUUUGAAAUUUCUCUUGCCAUUUUCUCGCAACUCGAAUUUGAACGAUCAGCGGUUGCCGAUCUAUCUUAUGCAAUACUUCGUAAAAUAUUUGCAUUAAGGCCCAACAAACAUGGCAGGUGAAAAUUGAAAACAUGGCGAGUAAAAAGCGUGGCAGAGGAAAUUCAACAGGCUUUCAUACAUCAGCUUUUGAUGCAUUUUUCACUCACAAGCAGAGAAGAAUGGACAUAUUACCCUAUUGUUUUUAAUAUUAAAUAAUCGUCACAGGUCAAUGUUUUCUUGUCACGGGUCAGUGAUAAAAUGCAUAUAAUUAUAAAUUCUGUUUCAACACAGUGUCAGUCUGGCUGUCAUGACAAAAUAAUUUAAAACUAUUUUAUAAUAGUACCAUAUACCAGUUCACAGUGACACUACAAUGUUGUUAAAUGAAUAAAGAUAUAAUAAAAUCUAUUUCAUAUUGUCAAAAUUUCUGAAGCAAAAUUUCUGAAGUAGUAUUUGAGUGUAUCUCUGAAGCAAAAUUUUUGUAGGUUUGUUUCCUUUGACAUAGUUUACCAAUGACCAUGCCUGACCUUGUUAAUAUAUACAGUAAGACUUUAUGUACUAGGCAUCAGACUCCCCUAUGAAAACAUGGGGGUCAUUAGCUUGUCUCUCCUUACAGGAACUAAAUAUAAAUAAUAAAUUUAUACAGAGAAACAAUGCAUAUUCAUUUGAUAUAUUAGCCUCUGCUCCUUACUAAACUCUACUAAUGGGCCCUCCCAUGGGGUGAAGUAUGACAAGCUCACACCACCCACCCCUCACAUAUGCCCUUGUUCCCAGAGGGAGGAGGUUCUGAUGAUAAGUGCAUUAAACUUAAAGUUACCAAAAUAAUCAAGAGAAUAUGCUUAAAAUUCCAAAAUCUUAAACAAACACCUACAGUAUAAUCCAUAUGAAUCAUGUCAGUGCCACUCUAAUAUUUUCAUUUAUUAAAACUGAAUUUGUUUUUUUUUGCCAAAAUAUUUGAUAGCUGCUAAUGUAUGGAUGUGUUUGUAUGUUUCAGAACAUAAAAGUUGUGAUUAUUGUUAAAAUUAUUUUUUUUCUUGCAACAAGAAAUCUACCCAACAAGAAUUUUUUUCUUGCAACAAGAAAUCUACUCUACAAAAUUUUCAUUUGUUAUUAGCAUUCUGGUGCACCAUUCAACUUUUUGUGCAUAAAUGAUCCCGUAGGCGAUUGUAAAAACUCCAACUGCAAAUUUAGUUUAUAGAGUUGAGAUUUUACUAGUUCCCCCCGAAAAAACCCACAAAGUUUGUUUAAUCAUCUUUGUAUGUAGUUUUUGGGGUACCAUGUAUUUAUGUACACAUUACAAAUAAUCAAAAAUUAUUCAAAAUGUCCAAAGAGGUUGAGAAGAGUGCACUUGCAUUAUCACACUUUUGUUCACAAAAUAUUAUUUACGAUUUUUUUAGAUGGUGAUGUUCAAGUGGACAAAGAUAAAAAUGAAACUCAAACAGAAACAGAAAGUACAUAUUUUACUGCACCAGCUGAUUCAAACUCAAAUAAAGACAAAGAAACCAGACGUUUACCAGUAGCUACAAUAGAUGAGGCUGGUGCCAUAAAAUAUAUCAAUGAAUCAUUCAGCCACAAUAUAAACAAAGUACACAGUUUCUACUUGUGCAAAAACAAGAAAUGUACCAACCUGAAUCCAGAUGAGGUGAAGCGUAUCAGUACAAAAGGAGAUCGUUUUCAACAUGCUUGGAUAACAGAUAAUAAAUUAACUUACUGUGAAAAAACGGGAUAUAAUUGGCUUAUUUACGAGGAAGGUGAGGGCAUGUUCUGUUUCAUUUGCCGAAAGCACAAUGCUGAAAAUGAAAAAAACAAGUGCAAGAAGUUUAAUCUUCAGGCUGGAAUCCGCUUUAAACGUAAAGCAGUAGAGAAACAUGCCAAUAGUCAACAGCAUAAAGCUGCAAUAAUGUGUGAACUGAUUAACAGAACCUCUCCAUUCCAGGCAGAACUUGACAGGAAAGAACAGAAAAACGAUGCUGUGUAUUACAAUGCUUUUCUGGCAAUAUAUUGGCUAGCAAAAGAAGAGUUACCAAACUUCAAAAUUUCAAGCUUUUUGGAUGUGCUUGAACAAUUAGGAUUGACAGAUAUGAAAUAUUUUCAGCAUUGCUCAGCUGGAUCAUUCAGAGAAAUGUUCUUAGCGCUGGGGUAUCAAAUUAAAUCACAAGUGGCAGAGAAGUGCAGAAAAGCAAAUUGGUUUGGAUUACUUGUGAUGAAGUUUGCGACAUUUCUAAUCAAGAACAGUUGCUAACUUUCAUUAAGUAUGUUGACCCACAAGCCAAUAAAGCUACAACAGAUUUUCUGUCUGCAAAUGACCUGUUUCAGAAUUCACAGUCAGCAGAUGCCAAUACCAUUUGGACUGUUCUCAAUAAACAACUUGAAGAUAGCAAAUUGGAAAAAUCUAAGCUUGCAAGCUUUGCAAGUGAUGGAGCAUCUGUGAUGACAGGAAAGAAGAAUGGCGUGAUAAGCUUCAGAUAA